AUGAAGAAAACUCCACCUGUUGUUCCAGAGGACCUCGAGGAAAGAAUAUUUUCCAUGCUUCCACUGUCUGCGCACGCAAUGGCCACGCAAUUCUCUCCGAGACUUAAGAAAUCUAUAGAGGAAGGGCAGCUUUUCAAGACGAGAGCAGAUAACAACAUUCGAGAGACGUACGUUCUUGUCAGUGUGACUUCUCCUCCUACAGAUAAGGCCAAAUGGUUUGCUAUUCUCAGUAAAUCCUACAAGCAAGAGUUUUUGUUGAGACCCAUAACCUCUCCUCCCAAGCAUGAGAAGGGCGAGCUUGUGGCCCUUAGAAACAGACUCUUUUCCAUUGGUUCCACGACAGAAGUGAUCGCUUUUAACUACACAUCAAAGAUCCAAGAAAGAAGCUAUCUAAAUGCAGUUCAUAAUAAACCUAAAGUGGCAGGGGUUUGCAAUAAACUGUACAUCUUUGGUGGCGUUUCUAAAGAGGAUGCUGACUGUUAUGUCGAAGCCUUGGAUUUGAGCACACAAAAAUGGGAAAAAGUUCCGGUACCUGAAGAAGAAAGGAUGCUGAUUCCUCUGAAUUGCGACCAGGUUGUUCUGAACAACUGCGUGUACUUCCUACAUAAGAACACUUGUGUAGCCUUAAACCCCCAAUCUGGAAAAAUAGAGAAGGAAUAUGAAAAUUUUGGUGAGAAGAAAUUUGACACGUCAUGUGUCAUUGGCAAUAAGCUCUUUGCUCUUGACUGGGAAGCCAAGAUUACAGUAUAUGACUCACCAAACCGCUUAUGGAGACCUCUCAAAGGACUAGAAAACAUACCUUCGUUUGGCUUAUUCACCGCCGCCUUGAUUAGCUUCAAUGGCAAGCUACUGGUCUUGCAACAGACACCACAGGACAUCUCUUUGACCGUGAUCGCCAUAGAAGAACGAGGGCAGGACAUUUGGGGACGUCUUGAGUCGUCAAACAGUGGUCUGAUUCUCCAGGAACCUACAACACGUAUUCAAGAAAUUCUCAGCGUUGAAAUAUGA